CAGCGUAGUCGAUAGUCAGGUACCUCUCAAACUUGUGAAUCGGAACAGCUUGCGCAAAGAAAAAUACUUGUCGAAAAAUACUGUUUUAUGAGAAAGCUUUACCUAUGAACUAAAGAAUAUUUGAUUUUGAGACACCACAAUCAAAAUGCCGGCCAAACUCAGGGUGAUGAUUCGGCUGGCUCGUCACGGCUGCACCAACCGUCCCUUCUACCACGUCGUAGCCAUCCACAAUCGACGAGGUCGCGACAGCAGAGCUUACCUUGAACAGCUCGGAACCUACGACCCAAUGCCUAACAACCACAACGAGAAGCUCGUCAGUUUCAACUUUGAGCGGAUCAAGUACUGGUUGGCUAGGGGGGCCCUACCUACCAGGCCCGUGGCCAUGCUGCUAGGUUUGUCUGGUUUCCUGCCUCUUCACCCAAUGAGUACUGUGCUAGCCAGAAGAGCUAGGGCUAAAGCUGAGGAGAAGGCGAAGAGGGAAGCGGAGGAGGCAGAAAAAGAAGAAGAAGAGAUGAGCUGAUGAUGAUGAUGUUGCCUUGGAAACCAGGACUGCAUCACUCACUGGAUGGCUCUGAGAAAGUCAAUUUUGUGGGGCACCGAAAGAAUGGACUCUUCCUGCCUGCCAAUCAAACAGUGUGCAUUGACCAAUUACAACAGGACUUCUGGCCAUGUGACCACAGAAACUCAGUCAACUUCCUAAUGGACUGUUCCAUUGGCCAUAAGCCCCGCCCACUUUGGUUUGUGUGAAUGAAACUUUCCUGCUUGUCAAUCAAACCCUGCACAUUGACCAAUUACAACAUGACUUCUGGCCAUGUGACCACAAAAGUCAACUUCCUAAUGGACUGUUCCAUAUUUGGCGAUAAUUAAGCCCCGUCCACCUUUGGUUUGUGUGAAUGAAACUCUCCUGCUUGUCAAUCAAACAUUGACCAAUUAGAUGACUGCUUUUAGUCGGGUGACCCAAGUAGCUUGGUCAACCUCAUUCAUAAGCACUGUGAGAAAUGUAUACAGACAAAAGUGGGCGGGGCUUAUAGUCCAAUCCGGAAUUAACCAGUGCUUAACAAAGAUGGGUCAUCAGCCGAAAUUACUUUUAUGUAAAUAAGUAAGCAGUAAUAAGCAGCUAUUUGUUACAUACGACCAAUCCAAAUUGUUUAAGGCCAAAACAAAAAAUAACUCUGUUUCCCAACACUCUACCUACCCUAUUUUGACAGCCCCUACCUUAAUUUUUUUUUUUGGGGGGGGGGGGAAAUGAGGGGGGAACCCCCCCAAAACCAUCAAUUUCUACCUUUUACCCUUGGUUACACGCGGACACCUCCAUAUGAUCGUACACAAAAAAACCCAAAAAGCCCCUACCUACUUUAUAAUAGCCUAUUUUCAAAUGCAACGUAAUCGGAAGCAGAAUUUUAAUUAUUCCACGUUUCAAAAUGACAGGACACCAGGUGCCAUGAUUUCACAGGAUGCGUCUGACUAUUAAUAACCUACAUUAUCAUUCACUUACUGUACAAUAAGUUAUUUUGUGGUUAAUUUGGUCGUUUUGUUUUUUGAUAUUUGCAAAUGUUGUACAUGACCUUUAUUUAACAAUACAGUUAACAAGGGUUGGAAAUGCUGCGGAAUUCGAAGCACUGAUAUUUCUUGUAAUAAAGUUACGUUUCAUGAGAUAACUCA